AUGGGACUAAAGAAGAUCGAAAUCAAGAAAAUAACAGACAAGACGUCCCUCAAGGUCACCUACUGUAAGCGACGAAAAGGUCUGUUUCGCAAAGCCGAUGAGUUUUGCUCCAAAACUGGUGCUCAGAUCGCCAUUAUCACCUUUUCUCCGGGUAUGAAGCCGAUAACAUUCGGGAACCCUUCUGUAGAGUCCGUCAUAAAUCGAUAUGAGCUGUGCGAACAAAGUUCGAAUGACAAAGAAAUUCUUGAUGAAGAUCGUGAUCUCCAUGAGGUUGGUAUGAGUGAUGAGGAAAAGGAAUUGCUUGAAGGUAUGGGACUGAAUGAGCUCAAGCAACAUGUGAGUAGCGUAGAAGAGCAAAGGAACAAGUUGGCUUGGCAAAUCAAAGACAGGAAGAGGAGAGAAUCAAGCACCAUCGACUUGUUCGGAAUGAAUGCUUCUGUGGAUUUGAACCUCUUUGGUAUGAAGGUGGGAGAAAAGAUGGAGAUAGAAGAGACGAAGAGGAGAGAAUCAUGCACAAAGGACUUUUUGAGUAACUUCAAUUAG